AAUGCACGCCGCAUGAGGAAUAUAAAAACACACAACCAAAAGCUAAAGCAGCACCGCAAUAUUCGGAGUUGCUGCGGCGCCAUCAUCGUGUGGCGACUGUAGCAGCAGCUUUGUUGUUGUUGUGUGUGUUUCUUCUGCAAUCUGCAUACAUAUAUAAUAUAUUGGAAUCAGAAAUCACUGUGUGUUUGUGAUCGUGAGAAGUGAGAGCAGCGGAAAUGGGAGCAGAACCCCUGUCCACCACCACCACAGACCACCAAGUGGUACCAUUGGUUCUCGGGCUUGCACCUUCAGCCCUCGUCGAUCACGUCGCUCGCGUCGGUGGGGCCUUCCUCGAGCAAAUUCCUGGUGAACAAGGUGGCUCCAUUCCUGUUGCGCUUGAAGAGCUUGAACAUAUACUGAGGGAGGUCAAAGCUCAUGUUCUCUCAUGCCCUGAUGAGACUUCUACCGUCAAGACCAUGGCUGGAGGCAGUGUUACGAAUACAAUUAGAGGGCUGAGUGGUGGAUUUGGGAUUUCAAGUGGAGUCAUUGGGGCGUGUGGGGAUGAUGAGCAGGGGCAGCUAUUUGUCCAUAACAUGGUCUUCAAUGGAGUGGAACUCUCAAGGCUCAGGAAGAAGAAAGGACACACAGCACAGUGUGUGUGCUUGGUUGAUGCCUUGGGAAACCGUACCAUGCGACCCUGUCUCUCAAGUGCUGUCAAAGUUCAGGCAGAAGAAUUGACCUCAGAGGAUUUCAAGGGCUCUAAGUGGUUGGUGUUGAGAUUUUCAGCAUUUAAUUUGGAAGUUACUCAAAAAGCCAUUCUUUUAGCCAAACAGGAAGGUCUUCUUGUUUCCUUGGAUUUGGCCAGUUUUGAGAUGGUUAGGAAUUUUAAACAACCACUGCUGAAGCUACUUGAGUCUGGAAACAUAGAUCUUUGCUUUGCCAAUGAAGAUGAGGCAACUGAGCUUCUAAGGGGAGAACAGAAUGCUGAUCCUGUAGCUGCUGUAGAAUAUCUAGCCAAAUACUGCAAAUGGGCUGUAGUAACAUUAGGUUCUAAUGGAUGCAUUGCUAAACAUGGAAACGAGGUUGUACAAGUCCCUGCCAUAGGAGAAUCAAAGGCAAGUGAUGCUACAGGAGCUGGGGAUCUUUUUGCAAGUGGAUUCUUGUAUGGGGUGAUUAAAGGUCUGUCACUUGAAGAAUGCUGCAAAGUAGGCUCAUGCAGUGGUGGGGCUGUGAUUCGCUCUCUUGGUGGUGAAGUGACAUUAGAGAAUCGGCAGUGGAUGUACAAGCACAUGCAGUUAAAGGGUCUUCUCACGCCUGAUACAUCCAAAUGAGUAAAUCUUAUUGAUAGAUACUCUUGAUUUCUUACUUUACAAUUUAUCACCUACCAUCAAAUGGUAGCUCUUGUUCAAAUCUUGGUUUGGUUUAACUAAUAUAUGGAUGACAUGGAAAUUCAAUUUGACAUCAAAAUUCAUUGGUAGGAUUUGCUAGUCCUGCUUAAUUUGAACCAUCACCAAUAAUCAUGGUUGCUUCAA